AUGAUUGAUUAUUUGGCGGAAAAUCAUCCGCCUGCUCCGCCGGCCACAGGGACGGACGACCAAAUCCUUCACAACAUAGACGCCCGUAUGCAUGGCCCCAUGGAUGCUUUACUAAAAAUUCAGACAGCCGGAAGAGUUAUUGGUCGCUACGCUGUUCCAUCAACUGAACCGACACCCGACACUUUUCUACAAUGGUUUUCUAACUAUGUAUCGCGGGAGCUUGACGGUGCUCGGGGCUCGUGGCAUGUAUUUAGCGGCAAUGUAGCACUUGAACAAGAGAGUGCUGACGAAGGUGCACGUUUUCUCUUAAUCAUGCCUGCCUCAUCGAUCUCUAACGUGCAGAUGAGAUGGGACCAUGUUCAGGUUAUUGGCCAGUUUUACCACCGUGGUUGUGUUUGUUAUCAGGAUGGUCUAUUGCAUCUUUGCCGGUCCGCACACCUGGUAUUUUCCAGUCAGCCUACGCGGCUCUUCUUACAUGGCUUCUACAUACGCGGUUCGCUACUCGAACUUUGGGAUUUUGAUCGAUCUGGCUUAUAUUGUAGUGACGUAUUCGAUAUCCGGAAAGAAUUCAUCCAAUUUCUCUUCAUUAUUCUCAGUUACCAGCAUAUGACGGACCAGGACUUGGGGAAACUCAACAUCAUUGAGUCGGAUAAGGCCGGUAGUUACAUUGUCCUUGAGUCUUUAGGAAAGCUUUAUCUCGAAAGCCAGCCAAUCGCCUUUCGUGAAGGCCUUAUUGGUACAGGCACAACUUGCUACCGGGCUAGAAUGCUUGAUUCGAAUCGACAGGAUUAUAUCUUGAAAUUCAAAUGGCGUUGGGCUAGGGAGCAUCCGGAGGACGAGCUUCUAAAGCUGGCCCAGAAGAAAUGCGUCUGGGGUGCCGUCUCCCUUGAUCAUUACCAGGAAUUUGAAAGUACAGCAUCUCUGCGUCGAGGCCUCCGGUGGGGGACACACAGAAAAUUCACUAAGGUAGACCUUUGCGAGAGACAUAGAAGUAUCGAAGAGCAACGAACGGACAGUCCUUACAAUGUCGACGGACUUAUCGAAUGUACAGAAGAAACCGAUAACUUUUUUCAAAAUCGUAUUCUUGCUUGCCUCGUUACUUCUCCUGUCGGCAGACCCCUUCGCACCUUUCAGUCUCUAUUAGAGUUGCUCCAAGUGUUUCGUGAUGCUAUCAAGUGUCAUCGAUCACUCUAUUAUGACGCCAAUAUUCUUCACCAAGAUAUAUCACCGGGGAAUAUGAUCAUUCUAGAUGGCCAAGAUGAAGGAAAGCCAAAGGGGAUCCUCAUAGACCUCGAUUCCACAAUAGAGCUCUCGGAAAGAUCAGAAACAGAGCUAGGAAUUACUGGCACCAGACCAUUUAUGGCUAUUGGCGUGCUGAAGAGUGAAUGUCAUACUUAUCGACACGACCUAGAGUCUUUCCUCUAUGUCUUCCUGUGGACAAUCAUAACAAACCACGCAGAGAAUCCUCCAGAGACAAGUAAGCUUCGACAAUGGAGCGAUGGAGACUGGGAAAAACUAGCGGUACUCAAGUCUCUUGACAUGGAUCAGGAUAGCUUUCAGAAUAUUCUGGAGGAAUUUACUCUCACCUUUCACUCCCUUAAGCCGCUCGCUGAAAGUCUACGCCAAAUUCUAUUCCCCCUACGGAAUGGGGUAAUUUGGACGGGGACUAACGACUCUCCUGAAGCUGUAGACAUGCUCUACGAUAUAAUGAUCCACACGUUUGAAGAGACUAUUGCUUCUGAAGGUAGAACGAGACGCACACAGGCGCGCGUGGUUGACUUGAUUUGA